AUGUUUGAAACCCUUAUCAGAACUGUCUCUGCUGCUUAUGCACCAAAUGGGCCAUGCGCCUUACUUCCUGCGAAUAUGGAAGAUAUGGAUCGUAUCGCUCUUAUGAAUAGCAUACAGGCGCCACCAGAUCAAUACGGAGGAAUGCUGCAGUUCUGGGAAGCCACUUUCUUACCGAAAUAUCGCUGCACCCCUGUUCUCAUCCUGGUUGCAGAUGGUCGGGCACGCGGAGGUGAUCUUGAAGGGGUGUUGCAGCUCUAUACAGAAGCUCUCCAUCUUGUUUCACCUCCGGGCGAUCCCGAAUUCCAUAAGUUCGUCCUCGAGUUUACCUGUCAAUGUGAGGUGAGAAGGGAAGAAAAUUCAAAGGCUUGGUCGCUGAUGAAGCCUUCAGAGCCUUGGACUUCUGUGCGAUCCAUGGACUUUCCGACUGAACUAGAACCUGCCCUGAUAUACAACGAUUUCUCUCUGUGGUCCUCAGCAUCUCCUGAGACAAGGCGAAGAUAUGAGAUUUUCUCAUCCUUGCAGACAAACAUUAUGGAAGGAGUGUUCAAGCUCCCUGCUGAGGUUAUAGAGUGCCUCGUAAAUCUCAAUAGUAUCGAACCCGACGAAAUCACCCAAAUAUCCUUUGAUAGUGCUACUCAAGACGUCCUCGAAAUUGCAGAUGUUUUGGCCGAUACCAUGAAGGCUUUUGCUUUUAUCAAUGAUCUCAAUAAUUGUGAUUCAUCACGCAUUGACCGAAAGAUGGUGCUGGAUGUCCAUCAGCUCGUAUUGACUACCUCCGGUUGUCUCCUCACUCAAACCUCGUCCUUUUCACAAUCUCUGCAAUAUCAUCCAGGCAGCGUCUCCCGAAGCAGUAGCAAAACAAAUGUAUAUAUCCAAGGCUGUGGAGGUUCCAUUGUCCAAUUUUGCCCAUUCGAAAAGGUGGAUGAGGAGCUCGACCUCCUCAUCAAUUUAUAUCAUAGAUAUGAAGAAUUGCAUCACAGUCGACCUUUCGCUCAAGCAGCUUGGCUGCACAUGGUGCUGAUAACAUGUCACCCUUUCACAGAUGGCAACGGGUGA